AGCGGCUGUCGCAAACGGAAGUUUACGUUUCCGCGUCAUGCAGGGUGACAGAAGGACGCAUUUUUAUUUUUAAAGUAAUAAUUUUAGCCAAUACGUCAUCCUGUAUCAGUAUUACUGUAUUUUUUUAGAAUGGCUGCUGGAUUUUUAGUAAUGUUGUAUGAGUAUUCUCCUCUUUUUUACAUUACUAUUAUAUCUGUGUGUUUCAUCAUCACUGUGGCUGUGGUGCUGGGCUGGUUUGGAUUUGAUGUUCCAGUCAUUUUACGCAGCUCAGAUGAUACUGAAUCUCUCACACCUGUCCCUGAAAGAAAGAUGGUGCUGGUAACCAAUCCAUUUGCCUUGGAGAUGAGCUCUACAGCUGGUACAGUAACUGAGGGGCUGAGCUUGCAGGCAUACUGCCUUGAAGACUGUGUCCUCUGUUGUUUCUGGGGUUGUGAGGUCCGUGCUCUUCAGUCAGCCCUUCAAAGUCAUCAGCAUGGGCCUAGACUUUGUACCCCAGAGCUAUUUCAAGAUGCUCUGGAAUUCAGCUACCACCUCUGUCAAAACUUCAAUUUACAGAGAGAGAAAAAGGAGGAAUGCUUCACCCAAAUGCAACCAGAACUCGGAGUGAAUGAUUUUGGAUUUUUGCCCCGGGAUCGAUAUCCCCUGGUGGCUGUGUUGAUGCUGACCAAUACAGAAACCAGGGACAACUACAAUAUUGUGGCUAGUGUGACAGUGCUCCAUGUCCCUGAUGACAAAUACAGAAUCUCUGCAAGAAUUUUGUUCCAGUAUCUUCUCACAACAAAUGGUAGCUUAUAUGAUUUGAAGCCUCUCUUUAUGUCAGCUGACAAUAGCAAUCUCUCUGGAACCAACGAACCAUCAACUACCAGAGAAGGGUCAGGGCUACAAAACAAAGAUCUCGAUGAAAAUGGGGAGGAGUCAGAAAAGGAGUGGACAGAUUACCUAGGCAGAGAUUGUGUGGUGUGUCAGAAUGCACCAAUAAACAGAGUGCUAUUACCAUGCAGACAUGCAUGCGUAUGCGAUGGCUGCGUGUACCACUUCCUGCACUGUCCAAUCUGCAGAGCUUUUGUCCUAGAGUCUUUUGCUUUGUCUAACAAUCCAACUCAUGAUGAGGAUAAGGAGGAAGACUUAAUGGAAGAUUGAACCAGUCUAAAGUCAGUAUUACAUUUGUAAACAAUUCUUUGGUGGACUGGACAUUGUAAAAUAAACAUUGUAACAUCUUUACACUGUGUCUACACCGGACGCGACCGACGCGACACAUCAAAAGACAUUAGAAAUGCAUUAGAACACAUUAAAGAACCCAUUAAGAACAAGCAGGUUGUCAUGUCGCGUCCGGUGUAGACACGGUGUUUGGGUCAAGAGAUGCAAGGCAGCUGUUUUUUAACCACUCAGUAGAAUAAGCACCUGUUAUUCUAUAAUUAUAUAGUGUUAUGUUAGGCUUUGGAAUUUGAGAUGCUCAAGAUAGAGAUUUUUAUUUAUGUUUAUAGAAGAGAAUAUUUCAUUUUUUCUGUAUAUUUGUUAAACUAACAAAUAUAUGUUUUAAAUGGAUAGUUAUGGAGGUUUUGGUCAUAACUCCCAGUAAAAUCCAUUUUAAUCAUCUGCUCCAGAAUAUUGCCCCGCUUAUACUGCGAUUAUCACAGAGUGGCUAUAGGGAGUACUAUGAGAACCAAUGUUCUGACAAUCUGUGCUACCUCCUCAGAAUGUGCUACCAGUAGUUCGUGUUGUGACGUUAAUCUGACAAAAUACACUUCUUAGAAUCAUCUACCAUUAACUUGGGUAAUGCAUUCUGUCAGCGUGACACCCCCCUCAGAAUGUGCUAUCACUCCGACUAUGGGUUGUGUCGGAACACUUGGGGCCAGUUGUUAAAAAGUAAUCUGAUUGGAUUUCAGAUAUCAGAUUAGAUCAAAUCUUAAAAGUGCGUUGUUCAAAAGAAAAGAAAUUGGAUCUUGAGCUCAGUAUCCAUCUCAGGGCUGAUCAUUUUGCUUGAUCAUACGGGCAAAUCCACUGAGACAACAAAUCGUAUCUGACCCGUUUCAAGUCUACACAGAAUAUUGAAUGUUAAGGCUCUAUAGAAGAGAUCAGACAGAGAUCAGAGAGCAGCCUUGAGUAAAGGAGAAGACAAACGC